CCAAAAGCCCUGAAACUGUUGGGAAUGGAGGAUGAUGUCCCUUUGCGUCGAGGGAGGAAAACAACAAAAAAAAGAGAAGAAGAAGUUGAUAUUGACUUGGAUGACCCUGAGAUCAAUCAUUUCCCCUUCCCAUUCCAUGAGCUGAUGGUGUGGGCUGUGCUGAUGAAGCGUCAGAAGAUGGCCCUCUUCUUUUGGCAGCAUGGGGAAGAAGCUAUGGCUAAAGCACUGGUGGCCUGUAAACUCUGCAAAGCCAUGGCCCACGAAGCAUCAGAAAAUGACAUGGUGGAUGAUAUAUCCCAAGAGCUGAAUCAUAAUUCCAGGGACUUUGGCCAGUUGGCGGUGGAGCUGUUGGACCAGUCAUACAAGCAGGACGAGCAACUGGCAAUGAAACUGCUGACCUAUGAGCUGAAGAACUGGAGCAACGCCACAUGCCUGCAGCUCGCAGUGGCAGCCAAGCACAGGGACUUCAUUGCUCACACUUGCAGCCAAAUGCUCCUCACAGACAUGUGGAUGGGUCGUCUCCGGAUGCGCAAAAAUUCUGGCCUGAAGGUAAUUCUAGGGAUUCUACUUCCUCCUUCAAUCCUCAGCUUGGAGUUCAAGAACAAAGAUGAUAUGCCUUACAUGUCCCAGGCCAAUGAGAUUCACCUUCAAGAGAAGGAGCCAGAGGAACCAGAGAAACCAGUGAAAGAAAAAGAGGAGGAGGACAUGGAACUCACUGCAAUGCUGGGACGAGGGAAUGGAGAGUCCUCAAGAAAGAAAGAUGAAGAGGAAGUGCAGAGCAGGCACAGACUGAUCCCUAUUGGAAGAAAGAUUUAUGAGUUCUACAAUGCUCCCAUUGUUAAAUUUUGGUUUUACACACUGGCAUAUAUAGGCUACUUGAUGCUGUUCAAUUAUAUAGUGUUAGUGAAGAUGGAUCGCUGGCCGUCUACACAGGAAUGGAUUGUCAUCUCGUACAUUUUCACUCUGGGAAUAGAGAAGAUGAGAGAGAUAUUGAUGUCAGAGCCCGGGAAACUGUUACAGAAAGUAAAAGUUUGGCUUCAGGAGUACUGGAACGUUACUGAUCUCAUAGCUAUCCUCCUGUUCUCCGUUGGGAUGGUGCUCCGUCUGCAAGAUCUGCCACUCCGGAGUGAUGGUCGAGUGAUAUACUGUGUUAAUAUCAUUUACUGGUAUAUACGGUUGUUAGACAUCUUCGGAGUAAACAAGUAUUUGGGACCAUAUGUUAUGAUGAUUGGAAAAAUGAUGAUAGACAUGAUGUACUUUGUUAUCAUCAUGUUGGUGGUUCUGAUGAGCUUUGGUGUCGCAAGACAGGCUAUUCUCUUCCCCAAUGAGGAGCCUUCGUGGAAGCUGGCGAAAAACAUUUUUUACAUGCCUUAUUGGAUGAUCUAUGGGGAAGUGUUUGCAGACCAGAUAGACCGUAAGCAAGUUUAUGAUUCUCAUACUCCAAAGUCAGCUCCUUGUGGUCAAAAUGAAACCAGAGAAGACGGCAAAAUAAUCCAGCUACCUCCCUGCAAGACAGGAGCAUGGAUCGUUCCUGCCAUCAUGGCCUGUUACCUCUUGGUUGCAAACAUACUUUUGGUGAACCUCCUUAUUGCUGUUUUCAACAAUACGUUUUUUGAAGUCAAAUCUAUAUCCAACCAAGUAUGGAAGUUUCAAAGAUAUCAGCUAAUCAUGACAUUUCACGAAAGACCUGUUCUCCCUCCGCCGCUGAUCAUUUUCAGCCACAUGACUAUGAUAUUCCAGCACCUCUGCUGCAGAUGGCGGAAGCAUGAAAGCGACCCAGAUGAGAGAGACUAUGGAUUAAAACUUUUCAUAACUGAGGAUGAAUUGAAAAAAGUCCAUGAUUUUGAAGAGCAGUGCAUAGAAGAAUAUUUUAGAGAAAAGGACGACAGAUUCAAUUCCUCCAAUGAUGAAAGAAUCCGCGUCACUUCAGAAAGGACUUUCCGUUUGCAGGAAUCUGAGGAUGCUAUUAGGCUCAAGGAGAAGAACGGGCUGGGACAAGCCCUGUGUGACAUACCUGCACCUGGAUCUGGACUGGUCACUGUCUUCCCUCUCCUCCGCGCGUCUGUGAUAAAGACACCUCUUGGCUUGAGCAGCUCCUACUUACAGGUGGAUUUAUCAGAGUGCCCCAGGUCCUGCUUGGAGGAAGAACAGCUGCACAGU